AUGUUCAAAGUUCAAGUGGAACCACGAGCCGCUGGCAAGUGGUAUCUUCAUUGUAAAGUUUUGAACACUGAUUUUGACGUCAUUGCUAUGGCCGAUAAGAGUACAGACCAUGGUGUAAGGAGCGAUUUUCCAUGAAUUCCUUAUUUGCCUCGAAUUUUAUAUAUAGCUUUCCAAUAUUCGCUUUGACGUUGUUAUUAGUAAUUCAUACUAAAUUCGUAUAAAGAGGUUUUAGCGCCGCUAAAAGGCUAGUGCCAUUUAAUUGUACUUGUUUGAUUACUUAUAGCGUUCGUUGCAAUAAUUCUUGAAAAAGCCAACAGUGUUUACAGCUAUCAAAACUAUUUGCUACUUACUCCUUUCAAAGGUAGACGGACCUUGAAGAGAAAAUAGAGGGUCUGUGAACAGGCUACAUUUCGACUUGUUUGGCAUUUUUUCAGUUCCGUUAAUUUCAUCGUCAGACCCGUUCUCAAAGAUUAUGGUGUCUGCGUUGUUUGUUGCUGUUUUCCUAGAAACUAGCAGAAAUUAACUUAUCUAAGCAACACUGUCGAGAUUAAGCAUGGUCUGAAAAGUUAAGCAACGUACACUUUAGCAACAGUUUUACUGAUUUCUAUUUUUUUAUUCCAUAAAGGAAGGAGAUAUAAGCAAUUUUCGUUAGUCAACUGAAUGGGUUGCAAUUCAUGUUUAUGAAAAGAUAUUAUUGUUAAUGAAGUAAGUUGAAAAAGAACUCAAAAUGCGAUGGAACUAUAACAAAUUUCGACACCUUAAAUGGGUUUAUUACAAAGUGCGACACGACAAGAUUUAUUUCAAAUUACGUCAGGUAUUACAAAGUGCCACGAUUAUAACAAAAUGCGAUGUCAGUAAACACGCUUUUGAUCAUGAAUGUUGUGAGUGCACUAUCAAAAAUACAUGUUCAAAAUUUCUGGAAGGCAAAAGUCUUUUAAUGAGCUAUGCAUUAAGUCUCGAGCUUUAAUUCAACUGCGUGGCAUCGCGCGACUUGAGGAUCGCCUGCUAACAUGCCCUUUCUUGUUUAUGAGGAAUAUCAUGCAAGUUAUUGCAUGUAAAGUUGAUGAGUAACUGCGGCUCUUUUGCAGAUAAUCACAUAUUUUAUAAAGAUACCAUUUUUAUUUUUUCCAGAAACAUUAUAUGAAUGGAAAGGGAAAGAUGAAAGUUUCCUUUGUGAUUUUAAUAGCCGCUGUUAAUUUAUUUAUGCAUGUGAACUCCACGGAAAAAAGACGGAUAACAUGUGGUAAGAGAGCGACUUUUUUAUGUAUUUUUGUCUUUCAGCUAGCUUAAUUCCAUCCCGCAAGUUAAUUUCUGGCACAAACACUUUCCUUCCAAUAUUUUUCCUUCCUUAUUCCGUCUCGUCCCCAGUCGCUCGAGGUCCCCGCUCGCUCUCUACGCUCUUUUCCUUCAUCCCUCUCUCACGCUUCUCGCUUGUCUGUCUCGGCUUGUCUCGCGUGCUCGCGAGUUUCCCAGUCUCCACUUAGCCUUGCGAAAGCCCGUGGAGGAGGCAGUUCCUUAUUGACUUUUUAUAUCUUUUCAUUUAUCUUACUAGCAAUUAGUGCUUGCGGUGUGGUGAAAUGAGACUCUCGCAUGGUUGUUUUUUUUUUUUUUUUAUUAAUUUUGGACAAAUUACAAACGUAUUAUUUAAACCUGUAGGAAAUACGCUUUGAAAUAGGUAAUGCUAAUUUUUAUAAAUGAAAAGAGUUUGCUCCGGAAUUGGUAUAACUUUUAAUUGUACAUUGGUAUGGUGUAGGAGUGCAACCCGGCCUAAAAAAAUCACUCAGCCUCCCCCUCCCCCCCCCCCCCGCGCCCUCCCCCCCCCCCCCUUCCCCUUCCCCACCCCCCUCGCGCCGCCCGUUCCUUGUUUGCUUUUUUGUUCUUUUCCUUUGUCUUUCUGCCAAUUCGUGCUUGCGGUGUGGUGAAAUGAGACUCUCGCGUGGUUUUUUUUUUUUUUUUUAGUUAAAUUUUGACCAAUUAGCAAAGAUGUAUUGAUACAUCUCGGAAAAGUGCCUUCAAAUAGGUAAAGCUGUCAAAUCUAAGAGCCAAGAGUUGGCUCCGGAAAAUGGAGAAAUUUUAAUUUUACAAAGUUCGUAUGACGGGGGUCAAACCUGUCCAAAAUAUACAUGUGUGUAAUCCACCCUGGAACGAUCGAAAACCCCUUAAUCAUUUAAGUUUGAACGAGCUGUUUAUCCCAUUUAGCCUGGGCUUUUUAUUCGUCCCUGAGCCGGGGGGGGAGUUCCAAGGUGCUCAAUAGCCCCCCUCCCCCAACAAUAAUAAUCGAAAGGUAUCACGCUGAAUCGCUGAUGCCAGAAAACAUAGCAGUUUUGUAUCAAAUCAUCCAGCCAACAGUGUGGCACUAAUCAAAAAUUAACUUACGACAUGUAUGACGUCAUAAUUACGGCGUUUAUUUACAAUUUGCAUCUUCACUUUUUUUACAUGUUUUUCUACCUUCUGUAAAACCAAAUUCAUUGAUACUUUUUAAAUUUUAUGACAAAUGCACAAUGUUUUGCUAUUGUUGCUAAGAAUUUUACGUUAGUAACACAUCUUUCUGGACAAGAAGAAAUGUGACGUAACUGAUAACGUCGUACAAACAUUAACCACAAAGACUGUCUAUGGCUACAAUCCAGCUCUGUUUUGAGUUCUUUCGGUGUAUUGUUGAUGUCUUGCAGAGUAAAUUUUCAAACAGUCGAUCAGCAUUGCAGUAUUCUGCUUGCAGAAUUUAAUAUGUCUACAAAACGUCGCAAAUCCAUCAUCUUGAAAUUGGGAGGCAGCCAUCUUCAUUUUUAAAUCCGCAGUUGCAGAUAACAAUGAAGUUAGCAAAAAUAAAGCGUUUUAUAUUUAAGAAAAUUUGAAGGUUUUCCUGUCACCCCGUUAAGUUAUGAUUAAUCAAACUUAACUCGGCUCGUUGUGCCCUCUCCUCCAGAUUAAAUAACGUGGAAAAUACAAAAACGAGUUGCAAUAUAAUAUUUUCUUCAACAUAACGCAGGUUUUAUUUACGAUGCACGUAAAAAUGAAUACGACGCAAUCAAAUCUGCUGUCAAUCGCACGAGCGCCACCAGUAACGUUUCCAUAGCAUUAAACAUUUUUGACGUCUCUUCAGAGAAGAGCCUUUUUGACCAAGGUAAGUUAUCAAGGUUAACUUUGCCAUUGAACGUGGAGAUAACAUUGGCUUUAAAGAAGCAGUGUUACCAAUUUUUUCAAGGUUCUAACAGUAUGAACUGCCACCAAACUGAGGGAAACAUAAAAGUAAUCACUCAAAACAUUAAAAGAAGAUAUUAAUAACAAAGCAAAUACAAAAUUAGGCACGGAUGGACAAACUUAAAGAAUAAUAAAAUGGAGUGAAAUUAUGGGAGGGGGUAACGUUUUAGUGCCUUACGGCCAUUUGCUUGUCUAAAGAUUUGUUUUGGUGGACACUGCCGGCUAGACCAUGAAACACGCGCAAAUAAUAGACAUCUAACAAAAAUGGACAAUCAUGACGUACUCACGCAGUAAAGUCCUCUAUCACUUAACAUACAGCCCCUUUUUUCAAGAAAUACAAGGCCACCAAAAAAAGCACAUAAAUACUAGUACUUACCCCAAAGCCGACGAAUUGUACGUGAAUUCUCGAGGUUUUAUACGAAUAGACUCUCGUUAAGAAAAAUCAUAAUAUCUUUUACCCUAAAUAUGGAUGUGUUCACAAUUUAUUUCCUAUCUUAAGUGGUUUGCUGCCACUUUGAUUUCAUUUAAAAUCGGUUCGAUCUUUCAGAUUUUGUUUAAAUCAUCAUCAACUUUAUUUCUAGCCAUUGGUGUGUUCCUGCAGCAAAACAUUACGGUACUGAUUGGCGGGAGUCAAUCGGAGUCGCACGCAUGCUCACUGUCUACAGUUACUGGGAUCCCUCUUAUUCGUCUCUAUGAAAGACUUAUACCAUUUAAUCAGUGCAAUAAAACAGUGGAUAUGUCAGUGGACUACAGAUACUUUGCGCAUGCCACAUCUGACGUUCUGGCCAGCUUUCACUGGAGGAAGAUUUCAUUAGUGUUUGAUGGUAACCAAGAGUGUCUUAGGCCCCUUCUAUUUAGAGGAAAGUUGCCCUGAAUGGAAAGGUCACCACUGCACGAAAAACCGGAUUUACAAAAAUUUGCUCGGGCAAAUAAGGUGCAAAAGAGUGCAAAGUAGGAGAAAAUCAAAGGCCAAGAUGGUAAAUACCACAUUUACUUUCUAGUUUACAUAGGGUUGAAAAUUCGAGGGCCAAUGCGAUAUAUACGUACAUCUUUGCCCUUGAAUUAACCGUAGUUUGCACUUUUUUGCACCAUGUAAAUGAAUCGGCUAGAAGAGUGACCAGCCUAGCCUGGUCAGCCUUUAGUGGUGGUACUAGUGGGUCACUUUCCUAACCAGGCCAACUUUUCUCCAUAUAUAACAAUGUGGAUCGCCCAGCCGGAUCAAUAAGGUCAAGGUAGGACAAUCAGAGCAUGUGCAAGCGCUGUUGUAGACAACCAAAUCAAGUGCAGAGCAUGCACGAGCGCUGUUGCAGCCAAAAGGGACAAAUUUUGUCAUAUAAAUUAUUAAACGCGCGCUAAAGUUGACUCUGCUGUGAGUUAGGGUGACCCUUCUACUCAGAACAGAUUUACUCCAUAUAAACGGGACCUAAGUAUUAUCCAGCAUUAUUUUCUGAUGACGCAAAUUUCUGAUAAAAUGUGAUGUAAUUGUUAGUGAGAUUAUUCGUUUGCAGCUGUAAUUAGGACUACAUUUAUGCUAAAGCUUUUCCGCAAAACCGCCUAUUCCAUAGAUGAAACAUUGAACGGCUUCCUUAUGUAUGACAUUCAUGUCUGUAACUUCUACAGAAAUCGAUUACUUGAUGCUGGUUACUUCUACGCAACUUUCCAGAAUUCCAACUUGGCCAUGAAUUUAGUCCAGCUUGCAAACGGAAGGACAAGUGAAGAACAGAGAAAGGCAGUUUUGAAAGCUACUGAGGAAAUAACAAAAUUUGGUCCUGAAGUGAUUCUGCUUUACACGAGCAAAGAAAUAGCCCAACUACUGUUGCAACAGGUAAGAUAAAAAACUUUGUCUAUUCUCAUUCGCGUAAAAUCCGCCGUAUGACGAAUUAAUCCGUUGGAUAGCCGAAUGCUCCCGUAUAAGGCACUCUGUUGGCCAUAACUGUCCCCAGGAAAGCUCUCUAGGCCUUUCAUUCAUCGACUAAGGCAACUAGGAAACCUUUCAAACCGGUUAAACCCCCUAUUAAUAUAUAGCAAAUGACCUUAACUUUAAUGUUAUUCCCCUCACUCUCCUCUAAAUCUCAGUUUGACCCAACAAGAAAACACACAAUCCUUAGGUGCGGCUCGCUUUAAGCCAAGCGCUCGGUUUAUUCUCCGAAAAGACUAAAAUAUACAGGAUAUAUCAUAGAAAAGUAAUAUACAAUCCAAGUAACAUUCAUCACUAAAGAACUAAAUCACAAGCUAACUGAAAUGGGGUCGUGGAACAACAACUGCACCUAGGAGGAAAACCCCAGGCCAGCUGUACCCCAUAAACAGCGGUCUCCCGGGCAAGACCAACUAAAUAGAAACUAGAAUAAAUUAAAAAGCGGUACGAACGAGAAAACUAAAUACUUAAAGCCUUAGAAAUCGACAAACGUGAAGAUAAAGAAUCUUGGACAUACCCGACCUUAGCCGAUUCACUUGCCAAGCGGCCAUGACGCUUAAAAAGUCGUACGCCAGUAUUUGCAGCAGCAGUAGCCCCGCCACUCCUAAGGCUAUGGGUACCAAUGGUAGAAAUAUCAGGUACAGUGUCUUUAAAAGCCUCUAGCACUAAUCCUCUUAACCUUGAAUAGCUUAAACCUUUAGAUCUAGGUUUAUAUCCACAUUUAGUUUUGGAAAGCUGGCACGAGCGAGCCUAAGAAUGGGUUGACGAUUUGUAAAAAGGUUUAUUGUUUAGGUUCCUCCGCCUCCGCACACACGUACACAAACCUCAUACUAAUAACCUUUAUACAAUUGAGAUGUUUACAGUAUUUAUGAAAAAUUAAAAAGAGGGCCAUAUUAUAAUCCAUUUCGUAAAGUUCAGUGGUUCCUAGCUACAGUGUGUAUUUUGUUUACUUGAGAUAAGAAAAGUGAAAAUAGCUUGGCGUUUUAAUCUCUAUUUAUAGGUACCCUGUGAUCUGAAGAAAUACUACAAAUGGAUACUUCAAGAAGAGGUUUGUAUUUACUGUGACAUUGCAUCAAGUAUUACUUCCUGAUGAACCUUUUUCAGAACGUUACUGAGGGAGUAAGCGACUCGAAGAAAUGUUUGAGAUUCAGGCAAGUUCUUUUCAAUCCUCGGCAAACAAUGAGGAUAUUGCCUCCAGCAAGAACACUUCGUUUUCCAAGAGUCUUCCAAAACUUUCAACCAGUGAACGCCUCGGUACACUCCGACUAUAUCGCUAGGGCUCCAAACGCAACUGAAAAAGUAUGGUAGCAUUAUUAUCCAGUUGAAGAAACCUUUCAAAGGGCUUUCACCCAUCAUACCUAUGUUUUUACCCGACUAGUCACUCGAGACCCAGCUGGAGAACUCGAUAUCGGGGAUCAAGACCGUCUGCGACACGGGCUUAUCGAUCAUUGCAAGGUGUGAUUGAGAAAUCUGUCGAGCCACCGAAAUGCUCCAUUUUAAUUUUUUUAACCGGUUAAAGAGAUACCCCGCAUCGCCAUACUUACGCUAUCAGGAAAAUGAUCAGUGGCGUCACCUUUUUUGGUCUUUCAUUCACACGGAUUAUGCAAUCCACAAAAAAAACAGUAUUCCGUCUUGUAGGAAACAACGUCUGAUACCUUGCUAUAGCAAUAAAGUUCCUCGGUAGCAUCGAAAAGUAAUAGCGAAUUGUUGUGAGCACUUUAAAAGGUUUUACGACACAUAAUAAAACAAUAUCUCUGAAUACCUUUUUACUUUUUACUCAGGUAUCCUUCAACCUCGCCAGUCUCCCAAACAACGUCGUUUUUGCUUUUAAGCUCCCAUACAUACCUGAUACAAUUCCUGGCAUUAAUCUCCAGAAUUUCAACGAGGUAAGCUACAAAUGCGUGACGCCAAAGUCCUAAGAACGUCUGCGUAAAAGGCCAUUUGAACCUGCUUGUCCUUAUUUGUUGUACCUUAUUAAUUUCUUUGUAAAAAUGCCAAGUAAUAGCUCUUUCGGUAGCGGAGCUCCUGCGUGAAAAUUAAAGCGGGCGCAGCGGAGCAAAAUUUGGUUACCUAUGCAUUCAAGAAAUUUUCGCUGUAACAAAAUCGUCCCCUUUUGGUGUUAAACUGAUGAUAUAACUGUAAUUUAAGUGAGUCACGGGGCUCAAAUUCUGAUGAAAACAAACUCUUUUGAAUAACUUCAAAAUUAGCUCCUUGAUGCAUGCUUAUGAGUUGUUUCAUUAAACCAACAGUCGAGUGUGGCUGUUAGCACAAAGAAACAACAACAUCAAAAAUGAAUGCACGAUUAUUGUAGAAAUAUAGCGAGUUAUUAAGCAGUAAUUAGCAGUUUUUGUAAAAUCUCCUUCUGUAGGAUCUUACUGCUGUUCAGGCAUAUGAUGCGGUCCAAGUCAUUUACCGAGCAUUGAACACGGAGCCGUGCUUAUGGCUAAACGAGUCUAGUAACAAUCAAAGGGAUAAAGAUCUUAUAUUUAACUGCAUGACAAAGGUACUGACUUCAUAUAUCCUUAUUAGUUUUGAAGUUCUUAAAAAUACGUCCAUGGCUGAUUCUCAGUUUUUUACUCCUUGAGUAGCUUAAUCCUCCUCGUCAAGGAUCGACUUAAUUUUCAACUUCACUGGAGGACCCAUUUUCCCAAUGUUCUGCAGGUGGCCUAAAAGUAAGGAUAAGUGACGCUAAUCUAGGGGAAAACGAACGCAAGAACCUAGAACAUGCCACCUUGUAAAAACUGUUUAAAGCUACAUGAAAAGCACUGGUCAGUAACAUCCUUUUUGUUCCCUGCCAUGAAAAAAGGCCACCCAUGUCCUUAUUGGAAGAUAAUUCCUACUAGUCAAUAGGAAACCUCACAACCUGGCCUUUAAUCGAUGAAUUAGUUGAUUGACUGAUUGAUUGAUUAAUUGAUUGAUUGUUUGAUUGAUCGAUUGAUUGAUUGAUUGAUUAAUUGGUUAAUGGAUUGAUUGAUUGAUUGAUAGAUUGAUUGAUUGAUUGAUUGACCGAUCGAUGGCCCAAACUUUGUACGGCAUCCGCGUAGGAGAAGUCGUGUUCAGUUCCAGAAAAUAAAGUUCUGUCAAGCACUCUCUUCAGAGAGAUGCCAACUUUUUCAUGCAAAUUUAACCAUAACCAUUGUUUUCUUCUUUGUUUAAGGUUGAUAUCGCUGGCAUAACUGGUCCUGUCCAGUUUGACGAAAACGGAAGGCGAAUAGUCUCGCGACUGGAAAUCCUUAAUCUCCGCAACGACUCCUUCAAAAGGGUAAGUAGUACGAAGGAUAUGAAUAAUCCUUUUUUUUCAGUUCAGACUGAGUUUUUUUAAAACGAAAGUCUCUCGACUGGAUAUCAACUACAAUAGAUAUUCGCAAAGGCUUCUUUAAACGAGUAGGUAGUGUAGAUCUAAAUCUCCCCGUUUUGCUCAGCGCAUUAACUUCUUUUAAUUCGAAGACUGAGUUUUUAUUACUAUUAACUUUGUUGAUGUGUUGAUGAUCAAGCCCAAUUCGUAAAGGAACAUGACAUCGCAAAUUGAAUCUUGCCGCAUUUCCACGCGGAGGCUGAUACCUUUCCAGUAAACCAAUAAAGCUAUUAACUACAAACAUGGCCUGUGUCUUAGGUUUUAUAGAUAUUUCAAUAUAUGAUUUUUGAGGCAAUUAAUAGCAUAAUAGUUAAGCUAUAUGUGAAAGAAAACUAACAGGUAGUGGUUCGUUAAUUUAUGUAAACUUAUUUGAUUGUUUUUUAGAUAGGUUCGUGGAAUACAACUAAAGGUUUGGUGUUCUUUGAUAAAAUAUCGGCUAAUGCAGUGGAGAAUUCCUCUUCAAAUGGGAAUAGACUAGAAGGAAGGACGUUCCGGAUUGUCACGGUUGAGGUAAAAACGAUUGCUAGAAUAUUUAAGACCUCGAAGUGUUUUCUAACAACUUUGCUCUUCGGGUCGCUUAAAUGAUUCCAGUAUGGUAAGCUCUUCUUUUUACAUCAUCAUCGCUAUUAUGAUCUUAAAAUUCCCAUUUAUGUGAUCUCUCAUCAUCAUUUUUAAGCAAUCGGUAUUUUUGUAUAAAACAGAAAAAAACACAAUUUAUUUUAACCUUGUAUUGAACUUGUAUUAUCAUCCUUCUCCUUCUCAUCAUCAUCAUCAUUGGGAGCUUAAACAGAGGGGUUUCUGAGCAACGCUGGAAGUGAGACCAUUUCUCUUUUUUAAAUUAAUCCUUGAUGCUACCGAAUUUGUACUGCUAUAAAGUGUCAUUACUCCUACAGAGACCAUUUCCCUGAAAAUUUGGGUAAAACCACUGCCCAAAGAAUGCAAAAAUUACGCUUCCGGUUGACGGGCUUCGCUCAAAACGUGUUUGCUUAAACAUCCUAUUAUCAUCACCACCACCACCACCACCACCACAAUCACCAUCAUCAUCGUCACCACCAUUGUCUUGACUCAUACCGUUUACUAGUGAACAAACCAAAAACUUGUUUUCGUGUUGAUAAUUGUUAUGUUUUUAUUUUUACAAAUGUUAAACAAGGAGCCUCCUUUUGUGAUGGCUAAGAAGAACAAGAAUGGGACCUUUCAAUAUGAAGGAUACUGUGUAGAUCUGAUUAACGAACUGGCAAAAAUCCUUAAGUUCAAGUACGAAUUCUACCCCUCCCCGGACGGCAAAUAUGGCGCCAGAAUGGAAAAUGGGACAUGGGAUGGGAUGGUCCGUGAGAUUUUGGAUGGGGUUUGUAUGGAUUAGAUCAUAUUUAACGCAAAAUUGUAGGUAUGAUUUUAGGAUCAUUCGUGUUAUGUUUUUUAAAAAUAUGGAUGCUGGGAGUGGCCACCAGUAUGACCAUUGCUUUUCCCGCGUUACAGUAUUUUCACUCGGGGGGUACUCCCUAUAAUGGCCUAUAUGGGGAGACUCCGACCGCGAAAGGGGUACCUUUUUCAGGCUUCAGGUACAUGUAUAUGUAAGGAUUUUACUAGUUACAGUGUACGGAAAUGUGUCAUUUCGGUCUGUAACGAGGCCUAAAAGGACUAACAGAUGCAUUUUAUGACCUUGAAAAGCUCAAGAAACCGUUCUGGUUUUCUGAUGUAUUCAGAUUUUUAUAGCCAGUACAUUUGAAUCCGUUAAAAGGGAUGUAAAGUUCUAAGCUAGGUAUGUCAAAGGGGUACUAUUUGUCAGAAGAAGGUAUAUAAAAGUGGCACCUUUCAGUCAAAAAUGGUAUAUGAAAGGAUAAGGGGUUGGACCUCCGGGCGGAGCCUCGCCGUAAAAAAUUGGCUGAGUACCCCCGGGGUAUUUCAGGUAAUUUCUCUUUUGCAUCCAGAGCCUGUGAUGCGCUCUUCAUGAGAAUGCAAACAUGAAGGCCAUAGAAGGAGUAUUGAAUAUAUGAAAAUCAUUUAUUGGAACUGCCGGACGGAUUAAGCUUUCAGUAAGACAUGACCAGUUGUUGGCUUAUCAACUCAACUAGUACGUGGAGCACCGGUAUCGUAGAAUUCAAGGGUUAGAAUUUCGCGCAAACCUGAAUUUUUUUCAGGCUCCCUUUUCACAACUACAACAGUUGCGUUCAUAACUCAGUGAUGAUGUUCCUUAAUUUUAAUGAAGGCUAUAGUCCAGUGUUGAUCCAGUGACCACCCGUUAUACUUUUUAACACUAAGCAUGGCGGCUGCCACCACGAGGAUUUCAUCUAAUGCACUGAAAGUUCGGAUCCAUUUACAUCUUGAUAAUUUAUGCUUAUAUUACUACACACUACUGCUUUCAGUGGCAUUUUAAACAAAUAUUAUAGAAUGCUGCGCAAUGUAGAAGCGUUGCACCUGGGAGCAAAAAAGAACCGAUGGUUGUAAAAUUAAAAAUUGUACCGGCAUGUUUCUUUUCUUUUUCCCGAGUGGUUUUUCUCUCGGCUUCUCAAUACUGUUGUUUUCUCCUCAGAAAUCAACAGUUCCACUUGAAACGAAAUUCCAAUUUAAUCAGGGAAACAGUGAGGUAGAAUAUUCGCCUAAUAAAAUUCAAUAGCACGAGCGUGCUUCAUGUUCCCAUUGUGCACACUGAUGACUGAUAAACAAGACUCGAGUUCUUGUGAGCUUAGCAAUCCUCCUGAGUGCAACCUUAAAUCAAUAGUACACUCUGAAGCAUUUACUAUGUGUUUUAUAGCGUAAAUAUUAUAGAAAACUUUUGAAUUUUUCAACCGAUAGUAAGAAAAUGAGGUGAGUAUUGUUUUUGUUGUCAUCUGCGCAAGCUCUUCGGGGUGUGGCGUGUGUUAAUAAUUCUUGGCAAAGUUUUUUCACGCCUUGAGCAACUAUUACCCUCUUUCGUGCUCUCUAAACUUCGCAAAUGCAUAUCUCGACAUAAACACGUUGACUCAUGAACCAAAGGCUAAUUAAUCAUUCAUUUUCAUCUAUAGAACGCAGACAUGGCAGGAGCAGCAAUAUCUGUGACGGAACAACGCGAAAAAAUGAUGGAUUUUAGCGUUCCGUUCAUGUACUACACACAGGAUUUGAUCAUGAAGAAGCCUUCGUCUGGAAUCAAAGCAGUAGACUUGUUACAAUUCACGACCCCAUUUGAAAAUCUGGUUUGGUUUUGUACUCUAGCCACCUUAGUGAUCACCUCUAUCGCAGUAUUUGUAUUAAACUAUUACAGUCCCUAUGGAUAUAAAAAUGAAAAUGGUGAAGGCACUUCCGACGAAUUCAGCUUUUUCAACAGUGUGUGGUUUGCAAUAGCUUGUAUGCUGCAGCAAGGUGGUGAUAACACACCAAGAAGUUUGUCAGGUAGAACAAAAAAAAGCGUCAACUUCUCAACGUUUGAAUCCCUUUUUAGAGGCAAAUAUUGCUGGUUUUAAGUUUCACUCCCGUUCAAAAUGGAUCAAAAUCAAAAUCAAAACCGUUCAAUAGAUAAAGUCCAGAAUCUGGGGAAUGAAAGGAGGUACAUAUACAAAGACCCUCGCCAAGAUUCAGGUCAGAGGAAUAUCUCGUAUACGAGAUAUCCGAAGAAAUGUUUUACUCAAACUAAUAGAGAUUUGUAUGGAGACGCCCUGUUGGUGCUCACCUGGAUGAGCUCCAACAUGGCGGACGGAAACCAACAGAAACAUAUGUAACCGAGUUUUGCUACAAAAGCGUGAAUUUAUUCUUCGAGAAACUCUUUAACAUUAAAAUAACACUUUUUCUAAUACAUGAACUGUUUACAUAGCAAAAUUAUUCCUGAAAUAAGUCAUUUCUUUAAACCAACAAUAUUUUAACAUUUAAAUAACACUUUUUCUAAUACAUGAACUGUUUACAUAACAAAAUUAUUCCUUAAAUAAGUCAUUUUUUUAACCAACAUGACAGCUUCGUUGCUUACGCUCCCUACUGUCAGUCCUAAGACGUGGCUACCUUACUCAGAUUUCUUAGAAUUUCAGCGUACAAAUUUCAUGUCAAUCUUUCUGCAGGUCGUAUUCUUACCGGAUGUUACUGGUUCUGCAUUGUUGUCUGGGUCUCAACAUAUACCGCUAACCUAGCGGCUUUUCUUACUGUCAAAAAUGCAGCCCACCCGAUUAAAAGCGUGGACGACAUUGCGCAAACUUCCCAUCAAGUUGGUGUAGUUGCAUCUACCAGUAUACAAGAGUCGUUCGCGACCACCCAAUAUGAACCUCACGUAAAGAUUUGGCAGCGAAUGAAAGCAGAGCAAACAUUCGUCCGGAACACUUCUGAUGGAAUCCUACAAGUGAGAGAAAGACCAAGCUUUGUGUUUAUAAAUGAUGGCCCUAUUCUUGAGUAUAUUGCCAACCACCGUCCAUGCGACCUAAUGACAGGUAUGUAAGGUCCCGUUGGAUCAAGAUGGCUUGCAUGACAGCCCAAGCCUUACCCACUGGUUAUUAACCGGGACAAAAUUUGACAGUGACAGUGACAGUGAUUUUUUUGUCGGAACACUUUCUGAAAGCUUUUAUUAUUACUUACUCAAUAACCAGAAAUAGUGCCGUCCUCGAGAAAUUCUCUUAUUAGUUCUUAUUCAAUUUCAAUUUUAAUCUCAUUGUCACUCAAGUGGGUGGGGAGGGGGUUGGGCGCUUAUUUGAGUUUGAUUGGGAGGAGGGGGUGUGGUUUGGGGGUGGGGAGUGAGCACUUAUUGGGAAAGCUCCAGCAUAUGGGUAUCACAAGCCGAAAAAAAAAAACCUCCGUUUACCGGUUUAAUCCUCUCUCAAGAAAGACACGAUGAAAUUUUACAAAGUAAGUAAAGGUGGGGCAAGAUCAUCGUCAACCAAUACAGCCAGUCUACCCGGGCAAACAGCAAAUCAGGGAUCUUUUGUGCUUUAUUUGAAGAGCGGUAUCUCCAGAACGCUUUCCAAAAGUCAUACCAGCCGGCCCGACCAAGGCCUUACCAAACCUUUUUGAAAAUGAAAUACGUUUUUAACAAGAGUUUUUGAUGAAAAAUCACCUCUUUCGUGCAUACUAGCGAUUCAGGAUUUGACUUGUCUGGCUGGAUAGUUUUGAUUAAAGGUGAAAUUCUCAUUACGACGGGAAUGGUCUAGCCGGUCGACAAUAAUGUAAAGCGCCCUUAGUUAUACGCUCAAACAGUCGUUAUUGCUUAAUCUGAAUCCUAUGGUUGAGAGAAUUUCCAGAACAAUAUGACAAAUAAGCUUCAUUUUCCAUCCAGUUCCAGGUCUCAGUAGAGCCAAGGGACUGGCGCUCGGUUUUCAAGCUUAUGAUCCACAUACUAUGGAUUUUUCUCUGGCCAUUUUGCGUCUUCGUGAAAAUGACUUCCUUGAUAAUUUGAAGCGAAAGUGGUGGGACAAAGCCAAUCAAUGUCCCAAAGAACAGGAAACAAGUGAGUUACACAAGAAAUUGUACAAAUUUGUUUAUCCACGAAACCCUUGA